AUGUCGUCGUUAAGUCGAGAACUUGUGUUUCUGAUACUACAGUUUCUCGAUGAAGAAAAGUUCAAAGAAACCGUUCACAAGCUCGAGCAGGAAUCGGGUUUUUUCUUCAACAUGAAGUAUUUCGAGGACCAGGUGGUGGCUGGCGAGUGGGAGGAGGUGGAGCGCUACCUCGCGGGUUUCACCAAGGUCGACGACAAUCGCUACUCCAUGAAGAUCUUCUUCGAAAUCAGGAAGCAGAAAUACCUCGAAGCGCUGGACAAGCAAGAUCGAGCCAAGGCUGUCGAGAUCCUGGUGAAGGACCUCAAGGUUUUCGCGUCGUUUAACGAGGAGCUCUACAAGGAGAUCACUCAGCUACUGACGUUGGACAAUUUCCGCGAGAACGAGCAGCUGAGCAAGUACGGCGACACCAAGUCAGCGCGCAACAUCAUGCUGCUGGAGCUGAAGAAGCUGAUCGAGGCCAACCCGCUCUUCCGCGACAAGCUGCAGUUCCCCAACCUCAAGAACUCGCGCCUGCGCACGCUCAUCAACCAGAGUCUCAACUGGCAGCACCAGCUGUGCAAGAACCCGCGCCCCAACCCCGACAUCAAGACCCUCUUUGUGGACCACACCUGCGGCCCUGCUCCCAACGGCGGACGCACACAGCCGCAACAGCCUGCUCCGCCCAACUCGCUUCUCUCCGCCGUUCAACAGCAGCAACAACAGCAGCAACAGCAGCAGCAGCAACAGCAACAGCAGCAGCAGCAGCAGCCGCCCAAGGCCCAUCCGUUUCCCCUGGGGCCGGUUGGCGUGGGCGUGGGCGUGGGCGGGCAUGCGCAGCCACUGCAGCCCUUCCAGCCCGGGGGGCCAUCCGCCUCCACACUGGCGGGGUGGAUGGGCGGACAGCCGCCUGCAGCCGCGCCUCCCCCCCACGCCGUGGUGCCUCCCCCUCCUGCCAACAUGCCCCCAGGGCCCAACCCAGCGAUGCUGAAGCGGCCGCGCACGCCGCCAGGCAACCCAGUGGCGGUGGAGUAUCCAGGCACAGGGGACUCUGAUAUGGUUCUCAAGCGCCCCAGGGGCGGCAUGGACGAGGUCUACGGCCAAGUCCCGCCCAAUCAGCAGCCGCCACCUGUCCCAGGAGCAAUCCCAGGCCCGCCAGUACCAGCAAUAGGAGGCAACGUAGCAGGGGCAGGCCUGGGAAGCGCCGUGACCGCCGCCGCCGCCGCAGCAGCUGCAGCAGCGGCAGCGGCAGCUGCAGGGGGACAGGGGCCAGUGGCGCUAGGAGCAGGGGUGGGGGGGGCGGGCGGGUAUGCAGUGGAGGAUCUGCCCAAGACGAUCGCAAGGAAUCUGAACCAGGGCUCGUGUGUCAUGACCAUGGACUUCCACCCCUACCAGCCCACUCUUCUGCUCGUGGGCAGCAACACGGGGGACGUGGCCAUAUGGGAGGUGGGUUCGAGGGAGAAGGUGGUGGACCGCCCAUUCAAGCUCUGGGACCCGCAGCAGUGCUCGCCUCAGUUCCAGACGUUAUGGAUGAAGGAUCAGACCAUCGCUGUGAACCGUGUCAUCUGGGAGCCUAACGGACAACUCUUUGGAGCGGCGUUCUCAAAGCACAUGGUGCACAUCUACACGUACCAGAACCCUAGCAGCAUGGGGCAGCACCUUGAGAUCGACGCGCAUGUGGGUGGUGUGAACGACCUGGCCUUCUCUCACCCCAACAAGCAGCUCUGCAUCAUCACAUGCGGCGAUGAUAAGACCAUCAAGGUGUGGGAGGCGAGCAGUGGGCGCAAGCUGUACACGUUUGAGGGCCAUGAGGCGCCUGUCUACUCCGUGUGCCCACACCACAAGGAGAACAUUCAGUUCAUAUUCUCGACAGCCAUAGACGGCAAGAUCAAGGCAUGGCUGUAUGACCAUCUGGGGUCGAGAGUGGACUACGAUGCGCCGGGCAAGUGGUGCAGCACCAUGGGGUACUCCGCUGAUGGCACGCGCCUCUUCUCGUGUGGGACGAGCAAGGAGGGCGAGACGUCACUGGUGGAGUGGAACGAGAGUGAGGGCGCCAUCAAGCGCAGCUACCUGGGCUUCCGCAAGCGCUCGCUGGGCGUCGUGCAGUUUGACACCACGCGCAACCGCUUCCUGGUCGCUGGUGACGAGUACCUCAUCAAGUUCUGGGACAUGGACAACACUGCCGUGCUCUGCACACUCGAUGCUGAUGGUGGCCUGCCGUUCUGGGACAUGGACAACACUGCCGUGCUCUGCACACUCGAUGCUGAUGGUGGCCUGCCGGAGGACGGUCCGGACAAGAAGGGGUGGAAGCUCACUGAAUUCUCGGAGCCCUCGCAGGUCCGGGCCGCCCGCCUGCCGGACAGUCUGCCGCCCAGCAAGGUACUGCGUCUGAUUUACACCAAUUCAGGCGUGGCGCUGCUGGCGCUGUCAGCCAAUGCCGUGCACAAGCUCUGGAAGUGGCAGCGCUCCGACCGCAACACCAAAGGACUGGCCACUGCAAGCUCUGUCCCGCAGCUGUGGCAGCCGGCCAGUGGCAUCAUGAUGACCAACGACACGGGCGAUGUGAGCUCGGACGACAGGAUUGACAGUGUCGAAUGUCUCUUAACCCCCAUUCCCCCCCUCCUUUCACACGCGCAGGCCACUGCGAGCUCCGUCCCGCAGCUGUGGCAGCCAGCCAGCGGCAUCAUGAUGACCAACGACACGGGCGAUGUGAGCUCGGACGACAGGAUUGACAGUUUCGAAUGUCUCUUAACCCCCAUUCCCCCCCUCCUUUCACACGCGCAGGCCACUGCGAGCUCCGUCCCGCAGCUGUGGCAGCCGGCCAGCGGCAUCAUGAUGACCAACAACACGGGCGAUGUGAGCUCGGACGACAGGAUUGACAGUGUCGAAUGUCUCUUAACCCCCAUUCCCCCCCUCCUUUCACACGCGCAGGCCACUGCGAGCUCCGUCCCGCAGCUGUGGCAGCCGGCCAGCGGCAUCAUGAUGACCAACGACACGGGCGAUGUGAGCUCGGACGACAGGAUUGACAGUGUCGAAUGUCUCUUAACCCCCAUUCCCCCCCUCCUUUCACACGCGCAGGCCACUGCGAGCUCCGUCCCGCAGCUGUGGCAGCCGGCCAGCGGCAUCAUGAUGACCAACAACACGGGCGAUGUGAGCUCGGACGACAGGAUUGACAGUUUCGAAUGUCUCUUAACCCCCAUUCCCCCCCUCCUUUCACACGCGCAGGCCACUGCGAGCUCCGUCCCGCAGCUGUGGCAGCCGGCCAGCGGCAUCAUGAUGACCAACAACACGGGCGAUGUGAGCUCGGACGACAGGAUUGACAGUGUCGAAUGUCUCUUAACCCCCAUUCCCCCCCUCCUUUCACACGCGCAGGCCACUGCGAGCUCCGUCCCGCAGCUGUGGCAGCCGGCCAGCGGCAUCAUGAUGACCAACGACACGGGCGAUGUGAGCUCGGACGACAGGAUUGACAGUGUCGAAUGUCUCUUAACCCCCAUUCCCCCCCUCCUUUCACACGCGCAGGCCACUGCGAGCUCCGUCCCGCAGUUGUGGCAGCCGGCCAGCGGCAUCAUGAUGACCAACGACACGGGCGAUGUGAGCUCGGACGACAGGAUUGACAGUUUCGAAUGUCUCUUAACCCCCAUUCCCCCCCUCCUUUCACACGCGCAGGCCACUGCGAACUCCGUCCCGCAGCUGUGGCAGCCGGCCAGCGGCAUCAUGAUGACCAACAACACGGGCGAUGUGAGCUCGGACGACAGGAUUGACAGUGUCGAAUGUCUCUUAACCCCCAUUCCCCCCCUCCUUUCACACGCGCAGGCCACUGCGAGCUCCGUCCCGCAGCUGUGGCAGCCGGCCAGCGGCAUCAUGAUGACCAACGACACGGGCGAUGUGAGCUCGGACGACAGGAUUGACAGUGUCGAAUGUCUCUUAACCCCCAUUCCCCCCCUCCUUUCACACGCGCAGGCCACUGCGAGCUCCGUCCCGCAGCUGUGGCAGCCGGCCAGCGGCAUCAUGAUGACCAACGACACGGGCGAUGUGAGCUCGGACGACAGGAUUGACAGUUUCGAAUGUCUCUUAACCCCCAUUCCCCCCCUCCUUUCACACGCGCAGGCCACUGCGAACUCCGUCCCGCAGCUGUGGCAGCCGGCCAGCGGCAUCAUGAUGACCAACAACACGGGCGAUGUGAGCUCGGACGACAGGAUUGACAGUGUCGAAUGUCUCUUAACCCCCAUUCCCCCCCUCCUUUCACACGCGCAGGCCACUGCGAGCUCCGUCCCGCAGCUGUGGCAGCCGGCCAGCGGCAUCAUGAUGACCAACGACACGGGCGAUGUGAGCUCGGACGACAGGAUUGACAGUGUCGAAUGUCUCUUAACCCCCAUUCCCCCCCUCCUUUCACACGCGCAGGCCACUGCGAGCUCCGUCCCGCAGCUGUGGCAGCCGGCCAGCGGCAUCAUGAUGACCAACGACACGGGCGAUGUGAGCUCGGACGACAGGAUUGACAGUGUCGAAUGUCUCUUAACCCCCAUUCCCCCCCUCCUUUCACACGCGCAGGCCACUGCGAGCUCCGUCCCGCAGCUGUGGCAGCCGGCCAGCGGCAUCAUGAUGACCAACGACACGGGCGAUGUGAGCUCGGACGACCGGGAGGGAGCACACCCGGUGGCGUGCAUAGCGCUGUCCAAGAACGACUCGUAUGUCAUGUCCGCCUCGGGGGGCAAGGUCUCUCUCUUCAACAUGCUCACCUUCAAGGUGAUGACGACGUUCAUGGCGCCGCCCCCAGCAGCCACCUUCCUGGCGUUCCACCCCCAGGACAACAACAUCAUUGCCAUUGGCAUGGAUGACGCCACCAUCCAGAUCUACAACGUGCGCCUCGAUGAGGUGAAGAGCAAGCUGAAGGGGCACAGCAAGCGCAUCACAGGGCUGGCCUUCUCCAACGCCCUCAACAGCCUCGUCUCCUCCGGGGCUGACUCGCAGCUGUUCCUGUGGAGCACGGACGGGUGGGAGAAGCGCAAGUCGCGGCCGCUCGCGCUGCCGUCCCGUUCAUCCCCGACACAGCAGGCGGACACGAGGGUGCAGUUCCACAACGACCAGCAGCGCCUGCUGGUGGUGCACGAGUCGCAACUCGCCAUCUACGACGCCGCCAAGCUCGACCGCCUGCGCCAGUGGCUGCCCCGUGACCUCGGCCCGCUCUCCGCACCCAUCACUGCCGCUGCUUACUCCUGUGACUCCUCGCUUGUGCUUGCUGCGUUCGCGGAUGCCACUGUCUGUGUGUUUGACGGGGAUAGCCUUCGGCCGCGGUGCCGCGUUGCGCCUUCGGCGUAUGCGCCAUCUGUUGGCCUGGGUCUUGUGGUGCCUCUGGUGAUCGCAGCACACCCACAAGAUCCAAACCAGUUUGCUUUGGGUCUAAGUGACGGGUCCGUGCAUGUGUUAGAGCCCUCUGAUCCUGAUGGAAAGUGGGGCCCACCCCUGCCUGCUGAAAAUGGUUCGGGGGCAGUGGAGCAGGAGGAACGAGAGGAGGGGAGCAAGGUCGGGACGAAGGGAGGGAAGAAGGGAGGGAGGAAGCAGAAGGGUGCGAAGGCGCGAGGGAAGCGGAAGAAGGAAAGCGAGGAGGAGGAAGAGGUGGAGGAGGCGGAACAAGAGGAGGAAGGGCAGAAGGGACGAGAGAAGGAGCGAGGGGAGGAGAAGGAGGAGGCAGUGCAUGUGGAGAAGGGGAGAGAAGCGGGUGUGCGUGGGCAAAGCGGAAAGAAGAGGAGAAAGGCAGGGGUGGAAACUGAGGCUGACGUGGCACGGCCAGAAGCUGACGUUGCAGAGGUUGGAGCAGGGGCAGGAGCGACAGGCGAGGCAGGAGAGGAAGGCGAGGCAGGAGAGAAAGGAGAGGCAGGAAAAAUAGCAGAGGGGCUGAUUGCGGAUGGGAAGGACGCGGGAGGAGCGGCGACGGGAGAGGAAAGAGUGGACAUGCAAAUGGGUGCUAGGACGGAGGCUGAGAGAGGGGACAAGGAAAAAGACGACCAUGAGGAGAGGGAACUUAUGGAUGGAGAGGCGGAAAGACGAGCGGAGGGACGAGACGAGGGAGAGGCAGAGGAAAGAGCAGGAGUUGCGCAAGAAGGAGCAUCAGUGGGGAUGGAGAGGGUAGGCACAGGCGACCGAGAGACAGAAGCAGGCGCUGGGGAGGAGGUGGCGCCAAGGAGUGAUGGUCUGCUCGCUACUUCUGAGCGGAGCCUGUUUGACAUAGUCCAGGCAGGCAGGGCAGAGGACGUGGAGGAAGCAGCGUUCAGGUGGAUGGAGGGGUAUGAGUUCAACCGCACCCAUGCCACAGCCCAGCUGCUCAAACUGCUCUUCCAGGCGUGUGGAGUGCAGGUGGUGAUGGGAGACGAUGCCAUCAUGUCAGAGGGAGUGGGAGUGGAUGACGUGGUGCAAACCCUCGUGGACUCCGCCCACCAGGUCGCCCUGCUCGACCAUCUGCACCGCACUCCACCGCACCACAGUCACCACCACUCCACUGGCAACGACAGCAAAGGCAGCAAGGGUGGCAGUGGCAAGGGCGGAGGUAGCAAGGGUGGUGGUGGUGACGGGGUGUCGUUCCGCACGUCGCUGCUGCGCUUCUGGGAUGCGCUGGUGGUGGCGGGGGGGCGAGAGGGCGCUCUCUUUGACUCGCAGCUGCUGCCCACGCUCCUUGACUACCUCGUUGCCCUCUCCUCCUCCUCCCCCCGCAUAUUCCGCCACGUGGCAACACUCGUGGCGCUGCAGCUCAUCUCGUCCAUCAUCACCGUCGCUUCCGUGCUCUCUGACACGCAAUCCACGGCCCAGAGGCAGCUGCAGGCCGCGAUCCGACGGUCAGAAGAGCAGGAGCAGCAGCGGGCAAGGGGAGCGGCAGAAAGCGGACGAGCAGGAGUGAGGAAGAGCAAGAGAAGGGGGUCAACCGCCAUCAGAGCAGCAUGUGUGGCGGCGCUCGGGCAGUGGGUGACGCGCUACCCUUCGCUCUUCCUGGAUGAUAUCUACCUCAAGUACCUGGGCUUCUCGCUCAAUGACAAGGUGGCAUCUGUUCGCCUCACGGCCCUGUCAGCGCUCCAAUCGCUGUAUGCCAGCGAGGACAAUCUCCCGGCGCUUGGCGUCUUCUCGGAGCGCUUUGUGCCACGUGUGCAGCAGAUGGUGGAUGACGUGGAUGCUGACGUGGCAGUGGCUGCUGUCUCGUUGGUCCAGCUGCUUGCCAGCAACGACACCCUUCCACACAACCAUGCCAUCGCUCUCCUCUCCGAUCGCCUCACAGAUGACUCCGACACUCCCACGCUCGCCCUCCUCCUCUUACUCGCCGCGCGCAAGACCGUGGGGUUGCCGAUUGUGCCGAGGAGUGCAGCGGAGGCGAAGAGAAAGGCGCCUGUUGCCGUGUCCAAGGCCAAAAAGGAGCGGCAGGCAGCAGCAGUGGUGGACAUGACAGGGGCGCUCGUGAAGGUGCUUCCACCAAUGAUGAGGCGCCACGUGGCGGAUGAGCGCGUGCUGCUGCGGCUGCUGGAGGCAGCAGAGUGUCUGGACGUGGGGGCGCUGGCGCACAGGCAGCAACAGGAGCCGCUCCUCGCGAUCCUCUCGGCGGCGCGUGACAGCCUGGUGCGCCAUGUCAGCACGGCGGUGAUGGCGGCAGCGACACGUGUGCUGCUGCGGUGCAUGUGGCGUGCCCAGGGGGACAUGCGCGAGCAGGCGGAGGAGGUAGUGAGGGACGCCGUGCGCAGUGUGGUGGUGGGGAAGUUAAAAGAGGAGGCACACAGCGCUCUCACUGCCACGUCAGGCACCCCUGCAGCUGACGUGGACACCUUCUCCCUCUCAGUGGCUGCUACUCGCCUCGCUGUCUUCCUACUGCAAGCCGACCCCACGCCCUUCCUCCCCGCCCCUGCUGCUGCCGCUGGUGGCACUGAUUCUGCUACUGCCACUCCUGCUGCUGCUGCUGCUGCUGGGGAUGGGAUGCAACCACCAGACCUGUUUGCUCUGCUCCUUCGGUUGCUGGAGAAAUUUCCUCCUUAUAAGCACCCUCAGCUGGCAUCGCCAGUGCUCCGCUCGCUUGCGCUGCUGCUCGUGUGGAGCUUCAAGAAGCUCGUCGCUGCAGUGGGCAAAAAGGGGACGGCAGGUGAUGGAGCAGACGCGACAGGGAGAGACGCAGGAGGUGCUGAGGCUGAAAAGGAAUCGGGGGAGGAAAGGGGGAUGAGUGCCGGUGGUGUGAGUGACGGGGUGGGUGAGCAAGAGGAGGAGGUGAGGGAGAGGCAGGGGCGGCUGAUGGGUGUGCUAAUGAGGCUCAUGGAAGCAGGGACGGAGAGAGGGAUAGUAGUGAAUGAAGGAGGGGAGGAGCGUGGCAAUGAGCAAGCAGAGGAGGGAGAGGGAGGAGGCAGUGGAGUGGAAAGGGAGGGUCAGAGAGAGCAGCAGCAGCGGCGGCAGCUACAGCAGCAACUGGCGGUAGAGGUCUUAGAGCAUGUAUCUGAUUUGUGGGUUCUCUUUUCUCCUUAUAAGCUCGCCCACUCGCUCCUACACCCACUCUCCGUUACAGUCACACCCGCCAACGUCAACGCCUACUGGGCGGCAUGCAGUCAUCUGCUUCACACUUGCUCAGCAGAGACGGGACAGAGCGCGCAGGAGAGGCAGCAAGAGAGGGUAUCGGAAAGAGGGGAAGAGAGAGUGGUAGCAGCAGCAGCCAAGCUGGUGCUGUGCGGUGCUGUGGACCCUGAGUUGCUGGCUCCUGCUGUGCUGUCACGGCUUGUGGUGGUGGGGAGGGGCGAGAAGACGGAUGAUGGGGGUGAUGAGGGGGAGGUUGGGGACGAUGAGGAGAGGGAGGAUGGGGUGGCACGGCUGUUUUUGUCUCAUCUGCAGCAGAGGAAGAAGCGGGCGGCAAGCGAGGGAGGGAAGUUUGAGCUGUGGCCGAUUUUCCUCCAGGCGCUGAAAAUGACCUUCAUUCCCACUCUCCCACUCAUCUCCAACCACUCGCACACAGAGGAUGACGUGGCACCAUCUCAUUUGCCAAGCCCGGCAUCUGUAGCACGCUGUGCCAGUGUGGCAGUCCGGCUGGCAGCUGCAGCAGCCGCCCCGCAGUUCUCUGCGCAGCGAUUGGCCGAGCAGCGGGCGGCGAUUCGGCAGCUAGUGCAGGAAGGGGUGGCAUUCGCGUUUGAGUCGCUGCCCGACCGGCUGGCGUUUCUCGAAUGCGCGCUUCGACCGUUUGCUGUGAAGCUUCCUGGAAGCGACGCCCGAAGCAUUCUAAACGUGGUAGAGGAGAGGGUGUCAGCCGUGGAUGAAGAUGUGGCUGAUGACGUGGCAUCAUCUGAGCCCUUGGUGGCCUUCACGUCUGUUCUGACAGAGAGAGCAGCGACAGCACCGCCACCAGCACCAGCUGCAGCCAAGGACAAUGCGGCAGAUGGACCGACCAGCAGGGCGGCACCUGGUGCUUCAGGUGAUGCUUCAGGUGCUGACUCAGGUGAGGCAGGAGGUGAAGCAGAAGCAGAAGCAGACGGAGACAUUCACAGGGAGGGGGCCGAGGAAGGGAGAGGGGGGGUGGGAGAGAGCGGGGAAGGCAGGAGACGGACUCGUCGUGGUGGUGGUGUGGAUGAGACUGAAUCGGCUGUCAAGCGCAAAAAACUCUCCUUUUCCACCGCUGCUGCUGCUGCUACUGCUGCUGCUGUUGGCGCCGAUGCUGCUGGUGGGUUGGACGAGAAGGAAACUGAAGGAGUUGGCAGGCAGGAAGGUGAUGGAGAGGAAGAGGAGGGAGGGGAACAUGAGUCAGGGGGAGAAGAGGAGAGGGAGGUUGGGGAGGAAGGGACAGCGGAGGUGAGGGAGGAUGGUUCAGAACCUGGGUUGAGUCAGCCAAUGGGAGGGGGUGUGUUGGAGGCUGAGCCAAUGGGAGGUGAGAGAAAGUAUGUGAGAAAGAAGAGGAGAGGUUCGGUGGUGGAUGGGGUGGUAGAGGAGAGGAGAAUGAAGAGGAGAGAAGAUGGGGGUGGUGAGGCGCGAGAGGGAGGAGCUUAUGUUGGAGGGAAUGGAGGAGUGGGUAGGGAGGUGGAAGGUGGUGGGCAAGAGGGGGAAGAGAGUGGGGGAGAGGCGGGCAAGUCUACGCAAGGCACAGUGGAAGAGAGUACUCCUGAUGCGACUCAAGAUGAAACGCCAGUGGAAGAGACCACCCAAGAUGCGACUCAAGAUGAGACGACUCAAGACGAGACGACCCAAGAUGAGACGCAAGGGACCACCCAAGGGAAUGAAGCGGGGGAAGAUGGUAGGGAGAUGGGAGGGAGGAGUGCCGGGGCCACUGAGGAGCAAUUGCCUUCCUCCUUUGAGGCUACAGAGGAGGAGCUUCCUUCCUAG